UGUUUGUGACGGCUGCCCCCACAGAACACAGAAUAAAACGAUCCAUCAUCACUUCUCGCUCUGGCCAGACGUCCUUUUGCCGGGAUAUCGCUUGCCGCUCCUCCCCGCCGGAGGAAAAGAGAAGGGAUAUAAUAAACAAUAAUUUAGGGGGAAGAAAGAGCGGCGACACGAGAGCCAGGGAAGCCAGCAGUCCAGGUCGAAGGGAAAUGGCCAGCGGACAUGGGUAGCGAGGCGGCGAGAGGGGGCGCUGUGGCCAAGGGCAUCUCGGCGUGAAAGAGGAGGAGGAGGAGGAGGAGGAGGAAAAGGAAGAGAAAGAGAGGAAGAGGAGAAGGAGAAAGAAAAAGAAUAAGAAGAACGUAAGAAGACGUAAGAAGGAAAAUCGGGAAAAGAAGAAAGCUCAGUCUUUAAGUAAUAAAAUGAGUGAGAUGUUGUUAUGACAAAGCCUCGUGAAGUAGAAGGACACGCUGGAGAGCAUGAAGAGGAGGAGGAGCAGCAAGAAUGCCGGGACAUGGAGCAGUAGGAAAAUGAUCAGGAGAAGAACGGGAAGAAGGAGACUAGAGAAGGCACAGUGAGGCAGACGAAGGGGACAACACGAAGGUAACUGGCGGCCAAAGGGCGAUUCCGGAGGGAGAUGAUGCCUUCUCUGGAGCUGGUGAUCACGAGCGAGGGUCAAGGCGGGUCGGACGAGCAGGGGGAGGAGUCAGGCAGCAGCACCACGCCCCCGCCCCCGCUCAAGCAGCCGCCCCCGCCGCCCCACACUCGCGCCACCGCCGCCUCCAAAGCCGCCACGAGGAACUCUUCUACGACCACCUCCAUCGCCAUCACGACCGAGCCGCAGGACCCCCGCCGUGACGACCGCCUGGUCGUUACGGAACUGGACGACGUCGAAGGCAACCACCGCCAACAGAACAGGAAAGGAAGGCUCGCCCUCACCGUGGGUCAGGAGGACUACGGUGGAGCCAACUAUGGCGAGGACGAGGAAGGCGACGACGGCGAGGAGGAGGAGAGGGACGACCAGUACCCGUGGACGAACCCGCCCGACGGCAUGACUGACCCCGGCAAUGGUCGUCCAGGGGUCCGCGACCAAGACGACGGCAUUGAGGGCUGGUGGACUGGUGGCGGCCCGGUAGCGACAGUGAAGAUGGUGAUGGAGACGGGCGUGGGCGUGAUCACGAGAGCGUGGCCUUUGCACCAGCCCGCCCGCAACCUGAAGCUGGAACUGAGUCGCGCCACGCAGGUCCCCCCCCACUUUCUCCAGCUGGUCCUCCGCGGGCGUGUGCUGAGCGACGUCUCCACCUUGCGAGACAUGGGCGUGGAGGCCAACGAGACGGUGCAAGUGGGCGUGUCGUCGAAGCGCCCGCACACCCACCCGCUGACCCUCCUGGCGCCCACCACGCCCACGAUCCCGACGCCGGAUGUUAUCACCGUGAUCGUCGCUGAAGACAUGGGCGUGGAGGCCAACGAGACGGUGCAAGUGGGCGUGUCGUCGAAGCGCCCGCACACCCACCCGCUGACCCUCCUGGCGCCCACCACGCCCACGAUCCCGACGCCGGAUGUUAUCACCGUGAUCGUCGCUGAAGCCGGAGUCGGAGAGCGCGAGGUCGUGGUGGAGGUGGAGUGGGCGGGGGUUCGGAAGCCCUGGCUGGGGGGUUUCCGCCACAAGGUCUCGGGGCUUCACUACCACAACGCCACCACGCAGACGCAGCCGCCCCUCAGACCCAAGCCAGCCCAGGUAACACGUGGUACGCAGACGGUCCGCACGCGCCCAUGCGGUACGCAGACUUGCCGCAACGCCCAUACCCAGACCACCCACCUCCACCCACUCCUCCACGCACCCACGGCCACCCUCCUUACGCCCAUGGUGUACUCGCCCGUCCAUCGCUAUGAUGUCAGCAAGAUCGUGGAAGUCCAGCGGAUGGUCCGCGGGUGGCUGGCAAGGAAGAGGGUUAGGAGGCUAAAGCAGGAACGCCGGCAACUUGAGAAGUCCACGAGCGAAUCCACUUCGGUGUCCCCGCACCAGGUGGACUCGGCCAAUAGCAUUAGUGACAACUCCGUUUCUACUUCUUCCAGCCACAAGCGGUGGCGCGGCGCGGUGCCCAUGGCGGAGCUCUACUCCCGCCUGGAGAGCUGGCGACGGCGGCAGGUGGCUCAGAUAACGGCCACGCUGACGGGGCAGGAGAGGAGGAGGGCGCUGGUGGCUCUCCUCGACAAAGAGACGGAGUUGCUGAGGUCCCUGGAGGCUCAUCGCGCCGUCCGCUCGGCCAGGAGAAGGAACGCGGCCGUCGCUCUCUUCCUGCAAGAGGUGUCCCGAGCCCAGGUGUGGAAGGUCGGAAGCCAAGCGGCCGGAGUGGAGGUUGAGACUCCGGAGACAGAGCCCGUGAGGACGCUGGCCUCCCUCGCCUCCGCCCUCCAGAAGGACGCGUCGGCGGAGGUCAGAGGCCAGCAGUUCAACUCCGUCUUCAGCACCGUGGAGCGGUUCCGGCCGUCCCACGGAGACCCCGACGAGACCUCCCGGACGGCGCGAGAGCUGGGGACGCUGGCGAGACGGGGCCUGCACCUCCUGGCCAGGGGAACCACCGACUCAAGGCUCAGGGGACUGCGCAAAAGACUCCACAGUCUCAUUAUCACUUAUCUUCAACAGGUUCAGACGAGAUCAUCAGUGCCAAUGCAACCGCGGUUAGUGAGAGCCGCAGGUGGAAAACCACUUCUCGUUCCCACGACGAGCACAUGACCGUGAAAUCCACGACGAUGUAAUCCAAAAUGACAGUGAAAAUCACACAACAGUGAAAUCUACAUGGCAGUGAAAUCCACAAAACGAAUACCAAGCGACCAUGUAAUUCAAAUGGCAAACAUACAUGACAGUGAUAUCGCUUUUACGUUUCGCGGAUAACGGCUGAUUUAAAGUACAGCUUAUAUAUUUGCUGGAAAAAAUUAUUCUGCCUCUUUAUAUUUUUUCUGCCAGACACUCUCAUUCCCUUGAAGCCUUAGAUGUGGGAAGAUCUUUUUAUCUAUUGAAAAUAUUUGUAAUCAGUUAAAAGCCUUCUUUGAGCUGUGUUCAUAUCUUUGGCACUGGGUUAUAAAAGAUAUAUUGUAAUAAUACAGUGGCUUAAGAUGUGCCGUUGGUUAAAAAAGGAAAUACUUAAAAGUUUCUCGUUUUUUCAUGAAGAUUUCAUUUAGAGAUAAUAGUUAUAAAUAAUUUGCUGCAUUAUAUUUCUCAGAGCAACGAUUACUUACAAGAUAUAGGAUCAUUUUCUAAAACUUACCAUGUUCAUUAGCAUUCCAUGAUAUAAUGUUCUUAGAAUUACAUUACAUUUUCUCAUCUGAUAUUCACCCACCUGUAGUGCCAACGUACAUCGUGGGUUUUACUACUGAUGUGCAGUAUUCAUAAUAUCAUUCAAAAAUUACUUACAUUUUGACUUGUACUCUUUUAUGCAAAAGCACAACAAAAUCACAACUUUAUAUCCUCCAAGUGUUUUCCAUAUGAUUGGGAAAAGAAACAAUAAUAUUUUACCAAUGUAUGGUAAUAAGUUCAACAGUGAGUAAAAAUGGAGAAACAGGGUAAUCAGAAAAGCAAAAGAGAAUAGCAAAUUUACAUGUCCCAAUAACAUUUACGUAUUUCUCAGGAGUUUUUGUGCAAGUUUACCUCAUGGAAUGUGGAUCCAUGUAUGCAAAUUGAGAGAAGAUGUGUGGGCAUCAGCACAAACUGUACUUAAGGAGUUAUGCAAGCAAUAUAAUCAUUCAAUUUUCUCCUUUAGAGUACAAAAUAAAAGCAGGAUAUAUUUGCCAAGAUUUCAUUGCAUGUCAACAACAGUACUAUUUUUAUAAUCAUGAAGAUGAUAAGCUCCAUAGUACUAUAAGGACUAUUUUUAUUAGCUAAAAUAAAUAAAACAUAAUUUCCCUCUUUGUGAGCAUUACUAUGCUUCUUAGACCUACACUAAAUGCAUAUAAAAUAUGUAAAACCUGUUCUUGUUAUUUCAUUAUCAACUUUCUACAGUUGCCAUCUCUAUCACAAUUCAAGAUCCAGAAGUAUUUUUCAUACUGAUUACGUUUUACAGACCAUUCAUCAAAAAUGGCUUGAAAUAUAUCACCUUAAUGGAAAGUCAGACUGCAGGAAUGAUAUAUUAGUCAACCCAUAUAUAUAUGUUUUAUAUACGUAAAGAAGUAAUUACUGUGUCUUGAA